AUGACCACGAACGCAGACGCAGCGUUCGCAUAUGACGAGCCAUCAACAACAACCUUACUCAGUUGGACGGGAUUCCUGCUAGCUCUCAACCUGAUAGAUGUAAUUCUCAACAAACUUUUAUAUUGUGGCUUAAUUGGCCAGCUGUUCAUUGGUAUUAUCUGGGGCACACCCGGAGCAAAAUGGUUCGACCAGGAGACGGAAACUGUUAUCCAAAGGCUGGGAUAUCUAGGCUUGAUAAUGCUAGUGUAUGAAGGCGGCCUUUCAACUUCAAUAAAAUCCGUUAGAGCCAAUCUGCUCCUCUCAAUAUGUGUUGCACUCACCGGAAUUGGCGCACCGAUCGGCUUAUCCUUCAUUCUGAAGGAUUUAAUCGCUGCAAGUUCUGUUCAGGCAUUUGCUGCUGGAGCUGCUCUCAGUGCAACAAGUCUUGGUACUACCUUUACCAUUCUAUCUAGCACGGGGUUGAUUGUCACGCGUCUUGGAACGGUCACUACUACAGCCGCAAUGAUGGAUGAUGUUGUGGGCCUUGUUAUGAUUCAAGUGAUUUCCAACCUUGGUGAUAUAGCUUCCACCUCCUUCGACCCAAUUACUGUUAUUCGACCGGUAUUCGUGUCUGUUGGCUUUGCGGUUGGGACUUUUAUCGUGUGCACGUUUGUUCUCGGACCUAUCUUUCGGAAGAUUCAGGCGAUGACAGCCAAGGUCCCUGAUUUUGUGAUGACGAUGCAAUUUGCGUUUCUUUCGCAGACGGUGCUUUUGGUCGGGAUUGUUGCGGCGGCUUCUUAUGCAGGCACUUCGAGUCUCUUUGCUGCUUAUCUUGCGGGUGUCAUUGUCUCCUGGUUUGAUGAGAUGGUCAAGUCGAAAGAAGCACACACUUCUGAUGGAUCACAGCAGGAGGUGCAUACACAGCAAUCGAAUCAAGAGAUACCGACCGGAGUGAGGGUGUAUGAGAAGUAUUAUAAGGAACCUGUCGGCCGAAUUUUGUUACCUCUAUUUUUUGCUUCAAUUGGCUUUGCAAUUCCCAUCACGGAAAUGUUCCAAGGAAGUGUAGUAUGGCGUGGUGUCAUCUAUGCUCUCCUGAUGGUAUUCGGGAAGAUGCUCACUGGGCUAUGGCUUGUGCACCUCUCCACCAGCGUAUCCGAUGUGAUGAGAACGAUUCGAAAGCCAUUUACUUACGUUCGCUACGUCUACUCUCGACCCCCUAAUCAACAAGGUCAAGCAAGAUCCACAAGGCCGGGCCCGAGCCCGAACCCGAGCCCGAGUGAUGAACCAACGGUCCACAAUAGGGGGGAAGACGCAUCUCCGUUCGAUAAUACUCUGAACGAGCAUCACGUAUCCACACAAAGUACUGAAUCGGUAAUUACUGUGCUCCCCCCUAAACCGAAAUCAUUGUAUCCGCCAUCUAUUCUUGGUCUGGCUAUGGUCGCCCGAGGGGAGGUCGGAUACUUGAUUGCAUCGCUUGCGCAAAGCCAGGGGAUAUUCUUUGGGUCGAACACAGGGACAUCGGAGCUAUAUCUGGUGAUUAUCUGGGCCAUCACGAUUUGUACAUUGGUUGGACCCAUUUGUGUCGGGACCCUUGUUCGACGAGUCAAAAAACUACAGGAUACUAGGAGUGCUGGGGCGGAUCCAUUAGGGGUGUGGGGGAUCUAA